AUUAUAAAUGUAUACACUCAAGGAUGGAGGUGAGGGACUUAGAAGCUACCUGAGAACGGAGAGAACCCAUCUUUUGGUUACUGUCUUAUGGUUUUACUGCUGUGAACAGACACCGUGUCCAAGGCAACUCUUAUAAGGACAACAUUUAAUUGGGACUGGCUUACAGGUUCAGAGGUUCAGUUCAUUAGCAUCAAGGCAGGAGCAGGGCAGCAUUCAGGCAGGCAUGGUGCAGGAGGAGCUGAGAGUUCUACAUCUUCAUCUGAAGGCUGCUAGUGGAAGACUGACUUCCAGGCUGCUAGGGUGAGGGUCUUAAAGCCCACAUCCACAGUGACACACUUGCUCCAACAGGGCCACACCUUCUAAUAGUGCCACUCCCUGGGCUGAGCAUAUAUAGCUCAUAACAGUCACUCUUUAUCCUACCUACCUCAUCUACCCAGUACUUGCACUGUACAGCUUUGCAUCUGUCAAAAUCACCAGCCCUCCCAACAUCGAGACAUUCCACAGACCUGGAAGUCUUUGCAAACAUUUCAUCCUUGACUUUUCACCGAAUUCUACAACCCAAGUACGUUCCACAGGAAGUACACUGAGGCGACAGGUCCAAGGUACCACGCACUAAACCUGGCUUCAGACACAUGGUUUCAGUGUGCUUCGUGUCGGUUAAAAGGCCUACGGGCACGAGAGGGCCGUCAACUCUCGGCUGGACGCCUAGAAACCCUUCCAAGUAGGCAUUAUGUGACAAGGGCACAUGAGACCCAGAGAGCGAGGGCUGAGGAAGAGAGGGGAUGUGAAACAUCCUUCUUGGGUUCCACACUGGCCUCCUGAUUGACGGAGAGCGGAGGCUCGCUCCCGCUGCCGCUAGAGGGCGCUGCGCCUACCGCAUCGCCGCCACUAGAGGGCGCUGCGCCUCCCGCGUCGCCGCUACCAUCGGGGCCACCGCCCCGGGCACCCACAGAGGUCAAGGCAGCGCUUGCCCGUGGCCCCGAGGCCCCAGGGACCGACGAGGGCACUGGGUCUCUCAAGGAGACGCCGUCCUCGGCUCACCAUCGCUACCUCAGGCCGGGUCCGCGCGUUCCCUCCGGGAGGCCCGCUUCCGGUCCUGCGGGCGGAAGCGUCGCUGCGUCCUAUCCGGGUCCCGGCCUGGGCUCGCACCGGGGGCGCCGGGCGGCUCGUAGCCGCCUGUCAGCGCCGAGGGGCGGCGCGUGCGUGCUUCGGGGCGCACUCUGACCCGGAGACGACCUGUCUCCCCUCUCCCUCCCCGCCUGUGAAGAUGGCGCUGUCCAGGGUGUGCUGGUCUCGGGCUGCUCUGUGGGGUUCGACCGUCGCCCCUGGACCCUUUGUCACCCGGAGGCUGCAGUUGGGCCGCUCUGGCCCUGCGUGGCGAGCCCCUCGGUCUUCAAAGCUUCACCUUUCUCCAAAGGCGGACGUGAAGAACUUGAUUUCUUACGUGGUGACCAAGACGAGGGCGAUUAACGGAACGUACCACCGUUUCUUGGGGCGUCACUUCCCCCGCUUCUAUGCCUUGUACACAACCUUCAUAAAAGUUCCGACGAGAUAUCACCAAGUGUCUCUUCAUAGGCCUCAUCUCCAUUCCACCCUUUGCCAACUACCUGGUCUUCUUGCUAAUGUGCAGAAUGGCACCCACCCAACGGCACAGGACAUCCUGGCUCUCAGAGACUGCUUCUCUACCUAUCCCUUGGGCUUCAGCCAGCUCCAGGCUUCUCAAAUGAGAGCCUUGAGCCAGGCCAUGCUGCUCACACCUUACCUGCCCCCGCCUUUGCUGAGGUGGCGUCUGAAGAGCCACACCGCUGUGAUUCACCAGCUGGACCGGGCUCUGGCAAAGCUGGGGACUGGUCACCUGACUCCGCAGGAAGUGAGAUCGGCUUGCUAUCUUCGUGGCUUGAACUCUACCCACACCUCUGAUGACAGGUGUCGAACUUGGCUGGGAGAAUGGCUGCACAUCUCCUGCAGCCUAAAAGAAGCUGAGCUGUCUCUCUUGCUGCACAACGUGGUCCUGCUCUCCACCAACUACCUUGAGACAAGGCGCUGAGUGAACCGUGGGAAGGAUGGCAUUGUCCUGCAGUCGCAUAGUGUAGCGGUGUGGGACCAGGGAGCACGUGCCAGCUGACUGUGCGCACCACUAGCAUGGGAGGCUGGCAGAGGAGCACGCUACCCAUCCGGGAGCUAUAGACAUUCCCUCACUGCUUGAGCCUAACCAACCCGUGUGUGCUGCCGUCCCCUUAUUAACCUGGAACUGGCAAGCACCUCUGGUCACGUAGUACCUAGGUCCUACACAGUCGGCAUUUGCCCAGGUGGGAAUCAUGUGGCCUCAAAUUCACAACUGCCAUGGGCUUUUUUGUUUUUUUGAGGUGAGUCUGUUGCCCCGGCUGGCCUCAAAUUCCUGAGCUCAAGGGAUCCUCCCACCCCAGGCUUCGGGGUGCUGGGGCUACAGGUCCAUACUGCAUUAGCCUCACUGCCAUGUCCUUUACAGCAGGGCAGUUUUCCUGAGACCCUGUGUCUCAUGAAGCUGAGGAUGACCUUGAAGUCUGGUUUUUCCUUCUUCCACCUUGAAGGGGUUAGAACACAGGUGUGGAGCCCUGCAAAGCUCUGGGGUGUGGCCUUGGAGAACUGGGAGAGUGCUCCUGACUUUGUGAGUGCUCCUCACCACAUCUUUUUUUGCUAGAGAUCUCUGGUGCCAAGAAUAGUGCUGCUUACCCUGGAGUGAGGACACCUGUGCCUGGCCCUGCACCAACGCCCUGGCAGUGUUUUUUUCUUACACCCUCUCCCUAUUCCUUUCUUGGCCCUUUGGAGACAGUCUUACUAUGUAACCCAGGCUGGCCUUCGAUUCCUGGCAAUGCUGACAGACACUUCUGCCUCAGCCUCCUGGGGACUGAGAAUAUAAGCCACACCCAUCCUUUCUGGUGAGACCAAAAUUAGGGAUGCUUUUCCUGUCACUAGCAUGGACUAACUUCCACCGCCCCUUUGGUAUUCUCUGGACACUUGUUUUUUAUUAACUUAUGGGAACAUUCUCAAGGAGAAGGUGAGAAAGAAUGGCUGCUUGGUCCCUCCCUGCAUUCAUCCCCAGUGUCUUAAUUUCCAGGCUGUCACCACCCUAAGGACCUUACAUGUUUGCUACCUCCACUGUGUUGCAGCGAGCCACCUGUAACCAGCAGUGGCUGCCUUUAUUUAGGCUGUGGGUCAGAACGCACAGGUACUAAUUACUGCCCAGCCCGGGAGACCAGAUUGCAUUGAGAUAGUGAGUUGGGCUUAACUGUUGUGUGUACAUCUAUGUCCUGUAGUUCUGUAAUAACUUGCUGUAAAUGCAUGAAGCACUAUCUUUAAACCCAAGUAAAGACUGCCUGAAACCA